UUUGUUUGGACGUUUAUUAACCCUUAACGUUGCAACUACUAAAUCGAUUUAACUGACAUUUAAAAUAAACAUAGACCCUGUAAUUUCUUGGAUUAAUACAGAUUGUCCCGAAAGAAACCACGGUGCUUGUGAGAUUUGCGAAAAUUGAUUGUAAUGAUGGUAUGCAUUCUUUUACACAAAAUUUAUUGGAUUUAGAAGUUAUUUGAAAAAAAUGUGCAUACCCCAGUCUCACGCGGACCAAGUCGCAGGUAUCGGCUAGUAAAAUAUAAAGAUGACAUUGCUAUUUGACUAUUGUAUCAAGUUAUAUAUCUAGUCAAGUACUACUUGUAUUAACUGUGACUACUUAUUUACCAUAAGUCUUCUUCAUUCGUUGUCUUAUAAACUCAUUAUCCAACAAUAAUGUAUCACCUACUGAAAAUAUUUUGUAUAAUAUCUGUGAUUGGAACUUCCGAGCCAGCGAGAAUUUUAGCAGUGUAUCCAGUGCCAUCUAUUAGUCACCAAGUGGUAUUUCGUCCUUUGAUGCUUGAGUUAGCAAAACGUGGACAUGAAGUAGUAGUGGUAACACCAGAUCCUGCGUAUCCAAAAGGACAAUCACCUCAAAACCUAACUGAAAUAGAUAUCCAUGACUUGUCUUACAAAAUGUGGAAUGAUCUUCUGGAAACCGGAAUGGGGCAAACUCGUAUGACUUUUGUGGAAUUAAAAAUAGUUUUGGACACAUUAACUGAGAUUUUUGAUAAACAAAUGAAUUCCCAGGAUGUCCAAAAACUCAUUAAAGAUAAGAGUAAAUCGUUUGAUUUAUUGUUUACUGAAUCUUGCGUCAGACCAGCUUUAAGUUUUGGCCAUCGAUACAAUGUCCCAAUAAUAGAAUUCAGUUCAUUGGGCAGUAUAUUCGGAUCAAUUUAUGGAACCGGGGCUCCGACGAAUUAUCUCGUGUAUCCUUCACCAUCGCGCAACAGAGUCUAUGAUUUAUCUUUAUGGGAAAAGGUUUCAGCAGUGUAUAAUGAAUAUAAAAUUGACAAAGUUUUGGAAGAACACGAAGAAGUAGAAAAUAAAAUGGUUAGAGGCAUAUUUGGCUCUAAUGUACCUGAUCUGAGUGAGUUAAAAAAAAAUGUGCAACUAAUAUUUUUGAAUGUAAAUCCAAUCUGGGAUUUUAAUAGACCUGUUCCACCUAACAUAAUAUACUUGGGUGGCAUUCAUCAGAAACCUAAUAAGGAGUUGCCAAAGGACAUUAAAACUUACUUGGACUCGUCUGUGAAUGGCGUGAUAUACAUGAGUUUUGGUACAAACGCUAGACCUUCUUUACUAUCGGCUGAAAAAUUGAAAAUAUUCACAAAUGUGUUCUCACAACUGCCUUACGACAUAUUAUGCAAAUGGGAUAAAGAGGAAUUACCGAAUCGUCCAGAAAAUGUUAGAAUUUCAAAAUGGUUACCACAAUCAGAUUUAUUAAAGCAUCCAAAUGUGAAGUUAUUCAUAACCCAAGGAGGGCUACAAUCUACCGACGAAGCUCUUAAUGCUGGUGUACCGUUAGUUGCGAUACCAUUUCUCGGAGAUCAGUGGUUUAAUGCAGAGCAAUAUGUCAAACUAAAUAUUGGAAUCUAUCUUGAUCUAGAAACUAUAACUGAGGAUAAACUAAAAAAUGCAAUCAACUCUACCAUUCAUGAUAAGGCUUACCGUGAAAACGUAGUCAAACUGCAUAACAUAAUGCGCGAUCAGCCUCAGACGCCGCUGGAGCGUGCCGUGUGGUGGACGGAGUACGUGCUGCGGCACGGCGGAGCGACGCAUCUACGUGCCGCGGGCGCGCAUAUGCACUGGACGGAAUAUUAUGCUGUGGAUGUUGUAAUAUUUCUGCUAACUGUAGCACUAGCUAUUGUAAUAGGUGUUAUAUUUGCUGUUCGAUAUGCAAUGUCACUGAAGGAUAUAAAAAUUAAAAUAAAGAGAAAUUAGAUAAUCGACUCAAUUAUAUCUAAAGAUUUUAACAGCUGUAAUGACUUUGACAGUUAAAAUUAAAAUAAAAUAUAAAGGAACAUUAAUUUUAUAAUAUACUGUAUCUCAAAUAGAGUUUGUAUUUAGAUGAAAGUUUCCUUUUUUAGGUCUUCUAUUUUUAUGUAAUUAAUUGUAUCUUAAUUUGACUCACUUUCCGGUCUUCGAUUAGGAUGAAAUUUUGCACACGCUCUGAGUGCUGAUAACAAUACAUGACUAGCUAAGAAACAAUUCCUAUAUGGCGGCCUUCUCAAGAUGGCGGACUGGCUGUUUGAAAUUCACCCCCAUGAUAUGGAUAUCAAAAGAAAGGGUUUGCUGUCAGAAAUACGAAAAAUAGCCACGGGGCUUAAAUUCAAUAUUUGUA